AGAGGUCCUGAAGGGAGAAGACAAGCAGAGCUCCGGGAGUCACAGAGCGUGGGGAUCCUUGGCUCAGACUCAGACCGAAGCCCCCAGGAUCCAGACAUGAGCUACACCUCAAAAAGCUUUCCAUAUUCAAUGAGAACACCUCAGACUGGGGAGGUCUCUGAUUUGAAUCAGCAGGUGUGGAUCCUGCAGGAUCAGACCAUUGUGACAGUUCCACGGACUGACAGUGUAACUCCAGUCACUGUCACUGUUGUCCCAUGCAAGUAUCCAGAGUAUCUUGAGCAAGGCAGAGGGAUUCCCAUUUAUAUGGGGAUAGAGAAUCCAGAAAUGUGUCUCUCUUGUGAAGACAUUGGAGGGCAACCCACAUUGCAACUGAAGAAAGAGGAGAUACUGGAUCUAUACAAUGAAUUGCGGCCCGUGGAGCCCUUCCUCUUCUACCACUCAAAGGAUGGCAGGACCUCCACCUUCGAGUCCGUGGCCUUCCCUGGCUGGUUCAUCGCCUCCUCUGAGAUCCGCCACCCGCUCUUCCUCACUUCAGACCUGGGGGGGAAGAACAAUGUUAACUUCAAUUUAAAUAUCAAUGCUUGAACUCAGCCUGGAGGGGGCAGCUUGGUCAGAGGUCUUUGUUACAGUUCCUAGUUCCCAGUGUGCUUUCAUUUAUAUUAUCUCCGUGUCAUUUCACCUCUGUGCUGAGAGAGAGGUGGCUGGGACCCUGUUAUCGUCACACUUUGUGAAUGACUUCAUGGCAACCAAGGCAUAAAAUGUAAGCUCAGACACAGGGAGGAGGGCUCAUGUAACACUCUCUUGUCAAGCUGAACUUGUCCAUCCCACAGCCUUCUGUAUGAGGGUGUCCUGACCCCAAGACAUUAGCGCCUUCUCUGUGGGUGGAUACGGAGAAGACUUACAGGUCAUUAAUCUUACCCAGGAUCCAGUGACUACUGUGGAACUGAUCGCUUUGUUUCGCUUUGUUUUCUUUCCUAUUUGGACUACAUUUUCCACAUGCUUUGUUUGUUGCCAGUAUAUUUCAAGUUGUAUAAUGUAUCCUUUUAAGGGUUAACGAACGUUUAAAGGUAAAUAGUUCUUAAACUAUGUUUUUUUUCCUAGUUCUAAUAUAUAAACACAAAACCAAAUAUAAACUUCAUGUGUUUACACAA